AUGUCCGACAGCCCGGAAGAUCCACCUUCAUUUGACAGUCUCUUAGCAACCCCCGUCCGAAGCUCCGAUGGCGUCGUCACGGUGCCCAGCACGAUUUCUCGAAGAGCUGCUCCUGGAACCAAUUUGGAGCGUCGGGAUGACAAUGAAAAUCUUCGGCUUUCAAAUGAGACUUUCGAGGAGGACGAACAUAAGGAAGUCAAACGGGACGGGUAUGUUAAUGAAUUGUGUUCUACAUCCUUGUCUAUGCUCAUCUUCCUUUGCCACGAGUUGUUCGCCAACGGUUGA